ACGUGGAUAUAUACCUACGCGUAUGUGUGAUUUACAAUGAACUACAAACUACGUAAAGAAUCCGUAAAAUUUGUGUAUUGGGCUUUACCCUAUUUUAUUCGGUUGUUAUAAAACUAUAAAACUGUUUAAUAAUUCUUUAAAGUUUCAUUGUAUUACUUUUAUCUGUUAAUUUAAUAAAUUUAAAAGCUCGAUAAAAAUAUCGUUAUUUCAAAUAUACCGUUAUAUUUGAGGUUAGGAUGAUUGUUGUACGCGAACGAAAGUAUAAAUUGAUAUGAUCAUUACUUGUGUCUUUAUUUUCUUAUGAUAUACAUGAAACGCAUUCAUAUAAAAAUGGACAACUCUGACGAAUCGCCUAAUAAAUUAGCUCUUGUUGAACGAAAUUAUAUGCCACAAGGUAUACAUUUGGUUGAUCCAAAUGGUGUAGCAAAAUCAUCGAAACAAGAUUUAGUUGCAUUAGCAAAGGAAAUACAAAAAGCUGAUGAUUACAUCAAAGCCAAUGCGUGCAAUAAGUUGCAAGUGAUUGUAGAACAAAUGAAAUUUCUUCAAAGACAAGCUGAAAGUAUUUUAUUAGAAGUUAAUCAAAAUAUUAAAUUGCAUCAUGCUGCUUGUAAUUUUGUAAAACAUCCUGGUCAAGUAUAUCAUUUAUAUGAACGCAAGUCAGGUCAAUGUUAUUUUUCUAUGCUUAAUCCAGAAGAAUGGGGUAGUUCAGGUCCUUCUCAAACUUAUAAAGGAUCAUAUAGGUUAGAACAGGAUCAUUCGUGGACACCCAUCUCCGAUAUUAAUACAAAAGACAAUGAAUUAAAUCUCUUUAGUAAACUCCUUUCGAAUAAUGGAAUGUUAAAUAAUAGUCUGGAUACACUUGCUCUUAAUAUAAAUUCAAAAUAGAAAAUAUUGUUUGUAAUCACGGAGAAUAACAAAUUUAUGACCAAAAAAAAAAUAUAUAAAUAUAUGUAUGUAUAAAGAAUUAAAAGGCAUAGUCAUCUAAUUCAACAAAGCAGGAUUUAUUUUGGAACUUAUAUUAAAUAUAAGUAGUAUUCAAUUUUCUUCUUCUUCGAAUAUCCCUUUUUUCUCUCUUUACUUAAUAUAUUUUCAUAAAUUUCAGAUAUUAUCUACAUAAUUACAUAUGUAUACUAUCUUCAAUUGAAAUAUUCUAUACAUUAAUCAAUUAUAAUCCUUAACUAUUUUGUUUUUAUUAAUUCAGGCAUUAUCUUAAUGUCGGGUGUUUUCUAAUAUAAUAUUUGAAUAUAUUUGGUAAAUUUCCAUAUCUUUCUAAAGGCAGUCAUUACGUUAUUUGCUUCAAUAAGGAGCAAUGUAAUAAUACAUAAAAAUUUUAUUUAAUACGAUGUCGAAAUAAUAAUGUCGUAAUUCCAAUUGGUAGCUUUAAUUCCAGAUAAACUAUUCUUUGUGCAGUAGUUUCUCAUAUUUUACUUUUUUUGCAGUAUAUGCAAUAAAUUUCUUAAUAAAUACAAUUGAUAGCUAUAUUAUACAAGAACAUCAUUAUUAAAGACAAAUAAAAAUAUAUAAAGCAUUUACCAAAAAAAUUAAUGUAAUUAUAAGAUUUUUGAAAAUGAUGUUAUUUUAAAAAAUGAACAAAACCUGAUUAAAGUCGCCAACGUAGAAUAUGACGGGAUCUUUUUAUGUGUUUAACUUGUUCUCUACGUCAUGUUGUGUUUACUUUGUGUGCUGAAAAUACAUAGAUCUUAUUUAAAUAUAUUAUACUACAUUAAUACGCAAAGUAAUUAUCAAUAUUUUCUUAAUAUUAUAUCAUAAAGAUAAAUUAUAUAGUUCUUACAAGGUACUGGUAUCCUGAGAGGUUCUGUAUCUUUUAUAAUACAUUCAUGUGUUUGAUUAUGGAAGAGAUACUGUAUUAAAAGUUGUUUUUCUUCUCCUACACAUGGAUCAUAAAAUCCAGGUAACUGACUCUGUAAUAUCACAAACAAUUUAUUAGUAAUAGUAAACAAUAAUUACGAAUAAUUCGAGUAGUACGUAAUAAAUUAUAAUCAAAUAAUACCUUUGAUGCAUCAUGAAGAAUCAAUCUAGAAUCUCUUACUAAACAUUGCAAAGGAAUUGUUACAUCUAUAACUUCAUCUCUACUUCGUCCAGCUUCUUCAACAGUGGAUCUAUCUUGCAAAGGAUAAACAAAUCGUCCAUAAGAAGCUUUUGUUAUAACCAAUCCUUUUUUAGAUUCUUCUUCUGCUCUUAUUCUACUAAAUGUAGCUCUCAUUAAUUCAAUAGCAGCUUUGGCUUCUUUCUGUUUUUCUAACAUUCUUGUCUUAUUCACUUCUUUCUGUUUCUCUUUAUCUCGUUCUUUUCUCUCUUUUAUUAUUGGAUCAACAACAAAUUUCUUGACAACAGUCCAUGUUAUAAAUGGCACUACAGUUGCAUAAAACACAGGAGCUGGAAGAAUUUCUUCACUUAUGUGAAUUGGAAAUGCAUAUGUUUGUGAAGCUCGGUUUAAUUUAACUUUUAAUGUUACUCCCGUUGUUACGGAAAUUCGUACGGUGGCUGCAACUGAACUAUGACGAGAAACCUUCUUUUCUACGCCAUAUUCUAAGAAUGCACCGAAUGUACCUAUUCUAUAUGAAAAAAUAAUAUAAACAUAUGCUUAAAUUCUCUAAAACAAAUAAAAUAUGUAAAUAAUUCUUUCUACUAACCGUAUGUUUCCACGUAUUUUGAGUUCCUUUUCUUUCAUUUUAUAUAUAUAAUGAAGAUUAAUAUAAGAAUGUACAAUACCUAAAUGUAUUAAAAUUGAUGCAUAAGAACGAGAUGUAUCUCUUACAAGCAUUGUACUCAUUGCACUUUGUAUUCCUGCUCUAUAUGUCAGAUAUCCGACUGUAUGUUUAUCCAAUUGCAUAGCUAAGGCUGUAAACAAGAAAAUCUGAUAAAAUAUUUUCACAUAGUUUAAAAGUUUAUAUAAUUUUAUGAAUUAGAUAUUCAAACAAUUUUUAUAAAAAUUAAAAAACAUACUUCCUACAAGACCUGGUCUCACACCGUGCGCUGUAAAUUGUAAUAUUGUUUCACAAUCACAAAAUAAUCUUUUUGUUAAAGUUCGAAAUCCUUUUAGUGAUAUAGUUGGACCAUUGCCUGCACCUACAUCUAAUUCCAGCCAUCCCUUAGAAGAUACUAAUUUUUUUGCAGAGACAUUAAUGGUUCCAUGACCAGUUCCAUUUUGUGUCGCCAAUGAACCAUAUAAAGUUAUAGUAUCUUUUAAAGUAAGAGGUGCUUCAAUAGAUUGUGUAAAUGACAUUCCACUAACUUCAAUAGAUGAAAAUAUAUCCAUACUACAAUAUUAUUUAAGAUAUUCAAAUAUCAUAUAUAACAUAAUUGUAUUAAUAUUAAUAAGAAUAUAUUAAUAACUAGAAAAUAUGUAUUACCUAUUAUUGUAAUCAUCAUCAUAUUUACUAAAUAAGUCUGUAGCAUUAAUAUACACAGUUACGUUUCCUUUUGGAUUUGUAUGCUCUUGAA